AUGGUUGUGGUUGAGUUGUUGUUGUUGUUGUUAGAAGGAUGCAGAUGGUAUAGCACUGAUGCGUGUUGGGAGGAUGAGAGGAUUGCUCUCUUGCAACUCAAACCUUUCUUCAACCAUUACAAUGAUCUGAACAGCUGGGUGGAGGAGGUCAAGGGUUCAGAUUGCUGCCAAUGGGAAAGGGUCGAAUGCAACACCUCCUCCUCCUCCUCCAGGCGAGUCAUAGGACUCUCUCUUUAUCAAACAAGAUGGUCCGACGAUGAAAGAUGGUAUCUCAAUGCCUCUUUGUUUUUCCCUUUCAAAGAACUGAAGCGUCUUGAUUUAUCAGGGAAUAGAAUCGCUGGUUUUGCUGAAAAUGAAGGUCCCUUUUGCCCUUUCAUUGCUAAUUUGCAAUAUGAAAGAAAGGAGAUACAACUAAGGAUGACCAAUUUGGAGGUUCUUGAUUUAAGUAAUAAUCUCUUCAAGAACGACACUUUUGCAAUCCUUUCUGGCCUUCCAAGUCUAAAGUCCCUGCAUAUGGGGAACAACCAAUUGCAAGGCUCAAUAGAUAUUAAAGACUUAGGUGCUUUUACCAACAUAGAGGAACUGGAUAUGAGCUAUAAUGAUUUGAAUGAAUUUGUGGCCUGUAAAGAAUUGCAUGUGUGGAGCAAUGUGGAGGAAAUAUUUCUAGACGGUUCUUAUCUCAACAACAACAUUUUGCAAAGCAUUGGAAAUUUCUUCCAUGAAUUUAUAAAAUUUUCAGGUUGGUGUGAUUUAAAGAACCUUGAAAAGUUGGACAUCAAAGAGAAUGCAUUUGAGGGGAUACUUCCUUAUUGUUUGGGUAACUUGACAUCUCUUCUUGAGUUAGAUAUCUCCGACAAUCAAUUUACUGGAAAUUUGACUCAUUUAGCAAAUCUUUCAUCACUUAGAUCUGUCACCCUUUCAAGAAAUCGUUGUCAAAUUUCAAUGCCAUUCCUAUCACUUGCAAACCUUCCAAAUCUCAAGUUUCUCUUGGCUGAUGAAAACAAGAUAGUAAUGGAACCUAAUUCCUUUCAUACUUCAAUUCCAAAGUUCCAACUAAAUUUUUUCAGCUUUUCAAAGUGUACAACAGAUAAAGGACUUAGCCUACAACCUCCUAAGUUCCUUUAUUACCAAUAUGACUUGAGAUAUGUUGAUAUUUCAUAUAACUAUUUCAGUGGAACAGUCCCGUUAUGGUUGUUAGAAAAUAACACAAAAUUAGAAAAUCUCCUCUUGUUGGGCAAUUCUUUCACCGGUCCUCUGUUGUUACCACAACUUCCUAAUCCUAAUGUGUUUGUAAUUGACAUAUCUAAUAACAAAUUACAAGGCCAAAUUCCGACAAAUAUAUGUUCAACUUUUCCAAAUUUGGAAUGGUUAUUGUUAUCUAAGAAUGCCUUUGAAGGUAAUAUCCUUCCUUGUUUAAGUGGCAUGGACACUUUAUCAUUUUUAGACCUAUCGGACAAUCAUUUGUCUGGAAGAUUACCAGAAGAGUUGAUCAUGGGAAGUUCAUUAGAUUUUCUUAGGCUAUCAAAUAACAACCUAAGUGGAAAGAUUGUUCCUAUGAUGUUCAACACAAGCAAGUUGUCAAAUUUGUAUUUGGAUGGCAAUAAUUUUGCCGGAGAGAUUCCUGAUAUUGAUGUCUCUGCUUCUGAUUUGUCAUAUUCAUCACUAGAGGAUAUUGAUCUCAGUAAUAACAGUUUUAAUGGAAAGCUCCCAAGAUGGAUAGGGAAUGUACCGCAUUUGAAGAGAUUGGCUUUGUCCAACAAUCAUUUCGAAGGUUCUAUUCCAAUGGAAUUGUGCAACUUGUAUGAGCUUGAAUUUUUGGAGCUUUCUCAAAACAAUUUAUCUGGCUCUAUUCCUUCUUGUUUCAAUCCACCAUAUUUGAGACAUGUCCACGUGAAGAGAAACAGACUAAGUGGUCCAUUGACACUUGUUUUUAAUAGCUCUGCAUUAGUGACAUUAGAUCUUAGAGGGAAUAAUUUGACCGGUAAUAUUCCAAAAAGGAUUGGCACAUUUUCUGCUUUAAGCGUCCUUCUUUUGAAAGAUAAUCAUUUAAACGGUGAAAUUCCAGUUCAAUUAUGCAAGUUGUAUUCAUUGAGCAUCAUAGAUCUUUCUGGAAAUAUGUUUUCUGGUCCUAUACCUUCUUGUUUGGGCAAUUUAACUCUGGCAAUGAAAUGGGAGAAGUCUUACGUAAAUGAUUUUUUGUUUAUACCAGAACUAAUACAGGAUCUACUAGUACCAAUGGACAUUCGGAUUGAUUUAUCAAAUAGUUAUCCUACUAGCUACAUGGAAGAAUGGAUAGAGUUUACAACACAAGACGUGUUAUCUUGUAAACAGGUUAAUGGGCAAAUCCCGGUUGGAAUUGGAAACCUGAGUGAAAUCCGCUUCCGCUUAAACUUAAUCACACAAUAA